GACGGAACCUCUUCACUACAAACUGCCCAUCGCUAUUGUAGUAGCGUCAUACAUGCUCAUCGUGCAUAUAAUGCGAUUUUCAGGCCGGAACAUUUGUCCUCUGAGACCUUCUUUUUCAGGACCGCAGGCCACGAGAAGUAUACUGCAACAGUCUCGUGUUCUUCAUCCAUUCCCAACAACUUCGCAACAACACAGUUUCAGCCAACUGCACCAACAAAAUAUGUCUACCCACAGGCUCGAUAAGAACAUCUUCAACCACAAGUUAUACAAAGAUGUACAAGCGGCAUUCUUUGAGGGGGUGGAGUUAGGGGCGACGGAAAUCGAUUUUGCCGUCCUGAAGCGAUGGUUCAUGGGAACUCCAGAAGAAAAACAAAUCUUCGAUAACGUAUGUCGCGAGAAAUUUGGGCGUGCGCUGGAUGCUAUUGGUCCUGAACAGCUCCCUCGUCCUACUGCUGAGCCCUUCCUUCGGGAGCUAAAAGAGGUGGCAGAAGAGAACGCCGGAGGAGAUGGUUCUGAAGUAGCAUGGACUGCCGUCAGCAUGGCUUUGCUGUUGGACCAGGUUCCCCGCAACAUUUUUCGGACCAACGAAGGUCUCGUCAAGGUCUACACUCAUUACGAUGAGAUUGCCCAUUCAUUCUCCGAAAUUCUGCUGUCUGCGAAGUCGCCUAUUGGUCGGCCGGAUUUACAUCCGCAGUGGCGCUUGUCUUUGCCGCAUAUAAUGUGGUUUUACAUGCCUCUAGUGCAUUCCGAGAAAAUUGCCUCUCAUGAUUUGUACGAUCAAGUCAUAGAAAAAUAUGAGAAAGAAUUGAAACAAGAGAAGGAUAAUGAGGGUAGACUAGCCAUGCUUGCACAUAGUCUCAAGUCAGAAAAGGAGCACAGAGAUAUCUUGGAGCAGUUUGGACGGUACCCUCAUAGGAAUGCGUGUCUAGGCAGAAAAUCGACGCCGGAAGAAGAGAAGUUUCUGGCAGAAGGGGGUGCAACGUUCGGUGUUGCACAGGCAAAAUCAUGA